AUUAGAAAUUGAGCUUUCUCAGGGCAGGGAAAGGUGGAAGCUCCAUCCUCGUUGGAGCUCCAAAGGAAAGGGGAAAAUUCCAUUCUAGGCAAGGUCGGAACUGGAUUCAAAUUCGUCUUGACGCCGGGUUAUAAUCUUCCCGGAACUCUAAGCGUCGUUUCUUGUUUUCCAUACGGACGUUUUAGGACAGCGCACAAGUCCAUAAGAACGUUAUACAAGCAUGGAGCCUUUUCCACCAUACCGGAAGUGCCAAAGAGUCUAAACCGGAAGAGUCUAAGAUUGGUUCCAGAAGGCCGGAAGUUGUCCUUCAGUGGGUGGGAUGUAUAACUAGACCGCGGCGCCGGCCGACUUCCUUUUCCGGUUAGCGCUGCAGCGAGAGGGGAGUCCGCAGCCAUGUCUCUCGUGAUCCCAGAGAAGUUCCAGCACAUCCUCCGAGUCCUCAACACCAAUAUCGAUGGGCGGCGGAAGAUCGCCUUCGCCAUCACGGCCAUCAAGGGUGUGGGCAGGCGUUACGCCCAUGUGGUGCUGAGGAAGGCAGACAUUGACUUGACCAAGAGAGCCGGGGAGCUCACUGAAGACGAGGUGGAGCGUGUCAUCACCAUCAUGCAGAACCCCCGCCAGUACAAAAUCCCCGACUGGUUCCUCAACCGGCAGAAGGACGUCAAGGACGGGAAGUACAGCCAGGUUUUAGCCAACGGGCUGGAUAACAAGCUGCGUGAGGACUUGGAGCGUCUGAAGAAGAUCCGGGCCCACCGAGGCCUGCGUCACUUCUGGGGCCUGCGGGUCAGGGGUCAGCACACCAAAACCACCGGCCGCCGUGGCAGAACCGUCGGCGUCUCCAAGAAGAAGUAGAAACUCUUUAUGCACGAGUAAAAAAAAAAGUGGCAUUCUC